AUGCGAUCAUACCCUCUCGCACUCUUAUUCACAUGUGUUGUCUUCGCAAUGGGCGAAAAGUUCAUCGUCGAGUUUGGCAGCAGCAAGGAUGAAGAUAGAGAGGCUCUCAUCAACAAGUUGACAGAAGAUGAGAGAACCAAAGUAGUGAAGAAGUUCGAUCAUGCAAUAUUCUCUGGAGUGGUUAUCGAGACUGGGAAUCACAAUCUGGACACUCUUCGGGCCUUGCCCAACGUCGGCAAUGUUUGGCCAUCGAAAAACGAGGGGCUUCUAGGGGCGCUUGGAGGUUCGGAAGCGCGAAGAGAAUCUGCGGAGCUGUAA